AAGUGCGACACUGACCAUAUCGCAUUCCCAGAUGGAGGUCAGAACAGCUGAGUGUGUGCCGUAUGUUAUCUAUGUGUGUGUGUAUGCGGACAGUAGGCUAAUAAGCAGGAGAUGGUGAGAGAUGUAACUUUCCUCUCGACUUGUCAGGAGGAUGCUGUGUUUCUGCGGGAAGUGACAAGUGAAUUCAACCAUUCAAAUCUCCGAGCAUACCCCUGCUGUGGAGGAGCCCUCUGACUCAGAGAUGGCUGCGAUGAGGAAGAGGUUUUCCUCCGUCUGCUCCUCUUCCUCGGCUGAAGAAGACAGUGCAGGCCUCUAUGACAGCGUUCCCAUUUCUGCCGCUGAUCCACCCAGUGAACAAGACCAUGCCUACGCAGCUCUGCUCUGUUGUCAUCGUGUCCAAGACUCUUUGCUGAGCUCCAACAGCAGCUUCACCGGCUACAGAGGCAUCCUCAACUGGAUCAUCAUUCUCCUGGUCCUGACUCAUGCUCACUUGUUCUUGGAGAAUUUCAUACAACAUGGCUUCUUGAUAGAUGUCAAAAAAGUCUUGGAGCAUCUCAUUGAGGACAACUGCAACUGGCCAUCUGUAAACCUCAUAUUAGCUGCCAAUAUGUUUGCCAUUACAGCUUUGCUCCUCGAGAGGUCUCAGGAAAAGGGUAUGCUGUCCCCCACCAACGGUCAUCGUUUGCAUCUCACAAAUCUGGGCUUGCUGCUGCUAUUUCCUGCUGCAGUCAUUGUACAUGAGCAUACAAUAUCGACAGGUGGAGCGUUCUUCUCUCUCUGGUUCUACACUGCUCUGGGGAUGAAGCUGUAUUCAUAUCAGGAAACUAAUCGCUGGUACCGACAGGCUCAUUUAACUGAUGCAGAGAGGGACAAGAAUGUUUCUGGUGCACAAAAAGCCCACAGGGAGGAGCUUACUUUCCAAGAUCUUUAUUAUUUCCUAUUUGCCCCUACGCUGUGCUAUCAGAGAGACUUCCCAUGUACUCCUAAGGUCCGCAUCAAUAAGCUACUGCACAGGCUGCUGGAAAUGGUGACCGUUAUCCAGAUCAUGGUUGGAAUUGUGCAGCAGUGGAUUGAACCCAUCUUCCAGAGAUCAGAAAACUCCUUCUCUAGUAUGGACAUCACUAUGAGAGUGGAGCACCUGGUGGGACUGGUGGCACCAACCCAUUUCCUCUGGCUCCUCUUCUUCUUCUUGAGUCACUCCUACCUGAAUUUCUGUGCAGAACUGCUGCGCUUCGGUGAUCGUCAUUUUUAUGGAGACUGGUGGAACGCUACAACUCUGAUCACUUUUUGGGAGAAUUGGAAUAUUCCCUUUCAGAAAUGGUGUCACAGACAUGUAUACACUCGGCUGGUGGAAAAGAAUGUGCCCCCAUUACAGGCAGAGUUACUGGUCUUCCUGAUGUCAGCUGCUCUUUUAGAGUAUUUGAUUGCUCUGCCUCUGCAUAGCUGUCGUCUGUGGAUAUUCCUCAUGAUGCUAUUUGAGCUUCUUGUUGCAGUAUUCCUCACAAACUAUUUCCAGGGAAACUAUGGCAAUGGCUUAGUGUGGCUGUGUCUGCUGCUGGGCCCUCUUCUGGCUGUGAUCACCUACUUUCACGACCACUACAUCAGCUUCCAUCGCCAUCAUUAUCAGUCCUCAUCUUUACCCUUGGCAUCAGACCACGGUCUUCCCAGCGUGGUUUUCCUGCAGACGCACUGAUCAAGGAGAAAGGGUCUGAAAGAAAUUGUAUUUACAAGUAGACCAAGAUGAUACAGCUGUGAUCCAAAGCUCAGUGAAGUCUGCUCAUGUCUGUACAAGGAUCUAUUUUGAUGUCUGGAGUUAUCAUCCACAACCUGUAUCCAAUUCAGCAAUAUAUACUGUAUAUAUACUGAA